AUGUCUGCAGACCCUGAUUACGACUUUCCUCGAGACUUUCGAGGAUAUGGAGAGGAGGGCCUGGUAGGGCUGAAGUGGCCCAAUAACGCUAAGAUAGCGGUCUCGUUCGUCAUUAAUUACGAGGAGGGCGGCGAGCAUUCUAUCGAAAACGGCGACGGCGUCUCAGAAUCAAUUCUUCGCGAGUUCCCUUGCACAGGACGCAUAAACGAACGGGACUACAACGCCGAGUCCGAAUACGAAUAUGGAUCUCGAGUUGGUUUCUGGAGAUUGUUCAAGCUCUUCAACAAGAACAAUGUGAAGUUUACUCUUUAUGCUGUGGCCCAGGCACUUGAGAAACAACCUGAAGUAGCAAAACGCUGUGUACAAGAAGGACAUGAUGUUGCGUCGCAUGGUUAUCGAUGGGUAGAUCAUCAUGAUUGGUCUGUUGAGAAAGAGAAAGAGGAUAUCAAGAGGGCUAUCGUGAAUUUGAAGGAUUUGACGGGUUUUGCGCCCAGGGGAUGGUACUAUGGUCGACCAUCACCUCGAAGUCGAACUCUGGUACCGCAAGUUUAUGAAGAGAUGGGCGAGGAAUUACUUUGGGCGAGUGAUACAUACGCCGACGAUGUACCAUAUUGGAUCGACCUACCCCACGAGCGCGAUGUCCCUGAUCCGGAAGGUUGUCUUAUGAUUCCAUACAGCUACGAUUGCAACGACUUCAAGUUCCACAUCGUCACCGGCUUUAGUGAUCCGACUACCUUCUACACCCACCUCAAGAAUGCUUUCGAUGUUCUAUACGAAGAAGGAGAAGAAGGGCAGCCAAAGGUGAUGACAAUCGGCUUACACUGCCGCAUCAUCGGAAGACCAAGCCGAUUUAAAGCAUUGGAAGAUUUCGUGGAGUAUAUAUCUAAGAAAGAAGAUAUUUGGGUUGCCACGCGGACAGAAAUUGCCGAGGUAUUUAGACAGCAGUUUCCCUACAGAAAAGGACAUCUGGCAUAG